AUGCCUGCUGGUGACAACCCGCACUCAAUUUCAGAGAAAAAGGCAGCAUUGAGGGAGUCUCUAAAACAGCCCAACAAUGUUGUUAAUGAGCAACCCACAACUUCUCCUUUUCCUAAAGACAAAGUUGCUGCUACAGUUGGCAUAAAGCGACCACAACCUUAUGGCCCCUUGAGUCCGACCAACCAUCACACGCUGGGCAAUCCAGGGGCAAAUGGCCAUCUUGUGUAUGUGCGAAGGAGGGUUGAAACUGAUCAAAGCAAAGGGGGUACUUCUGCCCGCGGGGAAAGUGCCAGUUCUACAAGCUUGAAGAAAGCUGGUACAGGCAGCUUGCAGUCACAGGAACUGAUUCUGAAGCAUCAAAACGAUACAUCUCACACCCAGUGUCCUCCCCGAUCUGCAUCUCCAGCUGCAGCUGCAGCUACACCCUCCCCUGCUUUGCAAUCUGCAGUUUUGUCUCUUCACCAUUCUUUUGGGAAACAAUCUCCAGGAAAGGUUGCUGCCCAGCCAGCUAAUGAUGUGACUACUAGUCUGUCACCUAGCAAUGUGGUGUCCUCUACUGCAGUGCUUCAAAGCUCUGUAGCUGCUAACUUAGCACCUAGCGGUGUUUCAGCUACUAACACGGCAUCUUGUGCUGCUAUAUCUGCUACUAAUUUAGCAUCUUGCAGUGCUCCGGGUACCAAUGCUGCAUCUAGUGAUGCUAUGUCUGCUACUUCUUUAGCACCUAAUCAGGCUCCACCAUCAAGAUCAAGCAAUCAAGAUCGGAGUGAAAGAUUUCUUCGUCUGCAGGCGUUCUUGAGACAUAAUGAGCAAUCAGACCAGGAAGAAUACUUACACAAGCUUCGGUCGUUGUCACCUGUUGGACGAAGUAGGCAUGCCUUUGAGCUGGAGAAACGGGCAGCCAAUCUAUUGAUUGAGGAAGGGAAGGAAUUGCAGAAGAUGAAAGUUCUGAAUGUACUGGGCAAACUUGUCACCCCAUCACUUCCAAACCAGCCCCCUUCUGUCAUGCAUCUGCUGUCGCCCAUCGAUGAAAAGAGUGGAAGAUUUGGUUACGAUGCUCCAUAA